UACGUGAAGUUUGCGGUGGCCUUCGCCUCAGGGUGUAUGGUGUAUGUAUGGCUGUUGUGAUGAGCGCGAACUAAGGUGACGCUACCAAAGUUUUUUCGAAGCGGCCGCAGGCGUCGCAAACGCGUGCGGAGCCACCGUGAACGUUUUCAUCACUCUCGAAACUCGUGUGCGUUUGUUGGUCGCUGGCGCGCCCCUGGCCACGCUCUGGCGUCCCGCACAUGGCACAGCUGCAGCGGCUCGCUGCCGUGGUGUGCGUGCCCCGAAGUUUUGUUCUUGCUUCGUUCUUGUUUCGCACUCGGUGCGUUGCGCAAGAAAGCAGCGCCUUGUCGCUGUGUUCAUGUGUGUGUUUGCGAAGGAACGAAAGUUGUGCUGCAUGCGAUGAGGCGCGGCUCGGGCGCUCGCGGGACGGACAACGCCAAGUUUUUGUUUUCGCAUCGGCCGAAACUUUGAGUGCGCAAGGGGCCUUUGUGGACCAGUGGAGUGAAAGGGUUUGACGUUGUUCCGAACGGUGGGGAAUGGGGCCGAUGGCUUUCGAGGCGAACUUGAAGAGCCUCCCCGGUUGAUGCGGUGUUGAGGCCCCGUUUUUUGGAGCAUGGGCCGAGGCGACGCCCGUUCGGACUCGGACGAUUCCGUGCAGUGGGAAGAAUUUUUCGGCCCAUCACUUGAGAUUAGUGGCUCCCUGCUGGCCAUGUAUGACAGCCUGGCAUCUGAGCUGCGCACGGAUGGCUCCUCCUGCCCACCGCCUGCAUGUCGGCCGCUCAGCUCAAGCUCAGACUGCUCCUCAUCCUCCUCCUCAUCAUCAUCACUCUUGCCUCCUGGACUGGGCGGUGUGAAGAAGUCUUAUCUGGCAAGUGUCGAGAGCCUGGAAGACGAUGUUCCUGCAGCGCUUCGUGGGAACCGAACGCUCUGUCGCACCGCAUUCGCCGACGCCAGUGCUGUGGCCAUGCACAGAAGCCUCCUCGGCCAUCCCCACAUUGGCCCCGACCAGCCGAGCUACCUGGAUCGUGUUCUGCUGGAGGUGGUGGACACAGAGAGGACGUAUGUGCGUGACAUUGGUGCCAUUGUAGAGGGCUACCUGAAGCCGUUGUCACAGCUGACUGACAGCAAGAUAAAGCCAGAGGAACUGAGGAGUCUGUUUGGCAACAUUGAGCGCAUCUGUGCAUUCAACAGUGGGUUCCUGGCACAGCUGGAAAAGUGUGGCUUUGACCCAGUGUCCAUUGCUCGAUGCUUUGUGGCUAACAGCAGCGGCUUUUCUGUAUACACAGAGUUCUGCACCAGCUAUCCAACUAUGGUCUCGACUCUGACCGAACUAGUUGGCAAAGCAGAGACAGCGGAAAUAUUUAAGGCACGCCAAACCUCGCUGCACCACAGCCUGCCUCUGGGAUCCUACUUGCUGAAGCCUGUGCAGAGGAUUCUCAAGUACCACCUCCUCCUUCAGAACAUACUGAAGCACGUGGAUAAGGAGAGCCCAGGCUACCCUGAUGUGAAGAAUGCCCUGUCUGUGAUGACAGGCAUAGCGUACCACAUCAAUGACAUGAAACGGAGGCACGAACAUGCAGUACGAGUGCAGGAGAUACAGUCACUCCUUUACGGAUGGCAGGGUGAAGACCUGACCACCUUUGGAGAGCUGGUGGCGGAGGGCUGCUUCCGCAUGCUGGGUGCCAAGGCCCUGCGGCACCUGUUCCUCUUUGACAAGCUGCUGCUGGUGGCCAAGCAGCGUGAGCAGGGUAUCCUGCACUACAAGACGCACGUGGUGUGCUCCAAUCUGAUGCUGAUCGAGAGCAUACAGGGGGAGCCCCUCUGCUUCCAGGUGGUGCCCUUCAACAGCCCCGACUACCAGUACUCCUUCCAGGCUCGCAGUUUGGAGCAGAAGCGUGAGUGGUGCCUGCAGCUGAAACGAGCCAUCAUUGAGAGCUUCAGUGCUGUCAUACCAAGCCAUGCCAAGCAGCUGGUGUUGGAGCUUGGCCAGAAUGACAGAGGCCUGAUGUGCGAGAGGGGACCGGUGAAGAAGACGCUCGGUGCACCAGAGUACUUGAAGAGACGGAGGUACGACCGGCGCAAGUCCGAGAGCAGCCUGCAGAGGGCCCUGCAGUUGUCACGAGGUGAGAAUGGGUCGAGGUUUUCUCAACUCUACAAGUAUGGAACACGCCUAAGUCGACAUGCUCGCGUAGCAUCUUUCACUAUUGCCCUUGACAUAAUAAAACGAAGCCGUGUUUGCUGCAUAAAUCUUGUCUUGCAGGCUCGCCUCACCAAGUCGUGUUCCUGUCAGCCCGUCUCAUGCCAGAGAAUCAGUGCACCGGACCCUGCAGAGUUUCACGGCAGUCCAGAGUAUAACCAACCUGAUACGGCAACGACGACCGGCCAGAAUUUCGGUCCAAGCUCGCCCACCUCAUCGAGGCUCGACAUCUCGUGUUAUGCAGGCAAGCCAGAGGCAAGGAUGGAUGAAAGGCUCGAAUCGAGAAGUUCCAGUGAGGAGCCGUGGCUGCCCUGUAAGCAGUGUCCCAGAACUAGCGUGGACACCAGUGACACCGAAAACGAAGACGGUGCCUGCAUGGUAGACGUACGCAGACUCCUCCGCUACAGGCCGUCCGUACGCUCGCCAAGCUAUUGCACUGAGGAAUACCCGGGCGAGUAUGUCACUUUCGAAUUUGCUAGUCGGCACAUAAGCCAGCAGUCUUAUGGCAGUACGUCCUGCGCUCCUGCCGAUGCCGACUAUACCGCAGUCCGUGCAAGGCUCGGUGUGCAUUCUUCGAUUCAACCUUCCGACAAACCAGUUCACAGGAGCCACUCCUUUAGCGAGGCAGUGCUUGCCGAGACGGUUUGCCUCGAGGGAAGCGAGGUUCAGAACCCUCGACGAGUCAGAAGGGAGAACAGCGUACCGGAAGACUGGUUGAACAGUCUCGAGGAACACCUCCCUCCGAAUGCCUGCAAGAGGUGCGGCUCACUUCCACGCAGUUUCCGUCAUGACACGUCGCCUUGCUCCGAGACGGGCUCCACCAAAACACACCAGCUCAGAGCUCGCAUGGAGCGGCUCCGACAGCAAGCCCCGGAGCAGCGCCCGUUCACGAUAGCGUCGGACCAGCCCUCCCGAGCAGACUUCAUCGACGGGCCUACGGGCUACAUGCCUCAGGGCCAGUUCAGCAGUCAGGAACUUAACUCUGUGGAGAAUCUGACAUCCUCCGUGGUUCACCCCGAGCACCGCAUAUACCGCCGGGAUGCUUUGCACGGUGGCUCCUGGCGUAGUGCACUCUUGGGUCUGGGUACAAAGCUGACGCGCGGCUUGUGGUCGCCUCACCCGAAUGACGGCCCCGUGCGCAAUAACGAAGGCCACCUGAGCCACGGUUCGAGUCGAGACAGCGUACGCAGCAACGAUUCUCGGCAGCUUAAGGUUAUUGGUACGUUCGGCAGAGCGUGCGCGAGCGUUAUAAGUUCCAAGACGAGACAUCUUCCGCGGCUGUCGAGCGUGCACAGUGUCCAGGGCAAUUCCACAGCUGCGGCCCGAAUCGCUAGGCAGCUAGAGCCCGAUUAUUGCAUUCCACAGACAAUUCUAGCCAUACUGAACAGAAACCAAAGUGUCAUCGGCACCGACAGUCCGCAGCCGGAGGUGAAGAGGAGUCCAGAGUCCCCGUCGUCCGUUCCACACUCGGCCAAUGUUGUGCUGGACGAUGACACGGACUCCGAGAACAGCGAUUCCUCGGCAGACAGCUACUACGAGAGAAACUUUGAGGCCAUUGAGGACAUCCUGGCCGACGACAUGUUCCGUGAUUCGGCAAUCUACAGUGAUCCGGAGGAGGUCAGUGGCAGUGAACGUGACAUUGCAGUGAAACUGGACCGUAGAGCCGAUAGCGACAAGCUUCAAACUGUUGCCGAGAAACUGCCUGAGGGUUGUACUCCCGUCGACCAGCAGCAAGCACCCACGGAGCCCAGUUUGUGCGUGUCGUCUUUCGUCCCUGCACCAGUGACGUGCCGGCAGAAAGGCUGGGUGAAGCAUAUUGUUAACAAGUUUCAGGCAAACAUGGCAUCCGACUCCUAGUCCCCAUUCACAUGUGCCUAUCUUGGAUGCCCAGUGCAGCAUGAACCAAAGAAAGUACGGUCGGUGCUUCACUGCUUUCAUUGCAUGCCCCUUUGGUGUCCGGGAUUUGAACUUCACACGGAACGAUGUCGGUGGCGCAACACACUUUCGGCAGCUCAGCUUACUACAGCUUCGUGGCCCUGCUUAUGCAGGAAGUGUGGCACCAAGACGAUCACUUGCAUUGCGUGACCUUGGGGCCAUUUCAUCAAGCUCUGCAUAGCAGAAUUAUUUUGCUCCACUCAUGCAUGUCAGUGUCGUUGAUGUGGCAAAGCUGCUCUACUGCAUUGAGUAGUAUCUAUGCAUGCACAGCUUCUUUUUUUUUUCUGUUUUCAAACGACUUUGAACAGUGGUACUGUUAAAUCAGGCUAUAUCAAUUGAAAUGCUGAGAAGAAACGAAACUUGCAGUCUCGAUUGAGCCUUGCUGGUAAUGUAGGCAUUACCUAAUUUCUUUUUUGUUAUCGUUGUUUACACUUCAUGUGUGCUGCAUGGAAGGGUAAGUGAUCUCCUUAUGUGCAGCUAUUGAAACACAGUAAGGAUCAUAUUUUCGAGAGCCAUUGUGUUUUGCCCAAUGUGUAGUUUAAACUAUCACUUUUAGUUUGCUUUUAUGUAAAGUGUUAUAGCUAGUG